AUGAGCGUCGCCGGCUCACCCGACGCCGCCGGUACGCGGACCGUGUGCAUGGCGCUCAAGAUCCCGGCGACGACGGCCAGCGGGGACCGGAACCAGGCCUACAUCGCGGCCCGGAGGUUCGCCGUGCUCGGCUACGAGUGGCAGAUCGACUACCACCCCAACAGCCGCUACCCCUACCACCGCCGUAAAAGCUGGGUCAAGCUCCGCAUCAGCCUCGUUCGCACUCCCUCGCCGGACGCCGGCGCCGUCACGGCCGCCUUCACUUUCUGCCUGGUGGAUCCUAGCCGGACGCUCAGGCCCUUCCGGGAGGUGGCGGCCCAUUGCCCUGGGUUCAUCCAAGGGACAUCCCAGGAGGUCCUGCUCGUGUCCCGGGCCGCGCUGGAGGCUUCCGGCUACCUCGCGCGCGACGGCAACUGCUUCGUGCAGUGCAAGGCCGUGCUCUCCCGCGAGACGUACACGUAUGGUGGCGACGGAGCCGAGAUCGCCGCCCAUCCCCGUGACCUGGGCCAUGACCUUGGCGACCUCCUGCGGAGCCAGAAGGGCCCGGACGUCACCUUGUUCAUCGGCGCCGAGUCGUUCCGCGCGCACAGGUGCGUGCUCGCUGCGCGGUCGCUGGUCUUCGCGGCCGAGCUCGCCGGAAGCCUGAUGAACGACGCGCACGAGGUAAAGGACACGGACGCGGACGCCUUCCGGGCCCUGCUUUGCUUCAUCUACACGGACACGCUGCCGCCACAGCUCGAGCAGAUGGGCCGCUGGCCGGAGACCAGGAAGGAGGACCAGGAGGCGGUGUCGAUGGCGCGUCGUUUGCUCGAGGCCGCCGACCGGUACGGCGUGGAACGGCUCAAGGUUAUCUGCGAGGAGAAGGUGUGCGCCAGUGUUGGCGUGGGCACCGUGGCGACGGAUCUGGUCCUGGCGGAGCGGCGUGGAUACAAGAAGCUCAAGGCCAGGUGCAUGGAGUUCCUGGUGGCCAGCCCGGCGGACAUGCUCGCGGUGGCGGCGGCCGGGGGGUGUAAGCUUCUCGAGGCGACCUGCCCCUCGGUUUUGACUGAGAUCCUCACGGCUGUCGCCGCUAGGAGCUGCCAACUCGCACUGGGAGGUGGUGCACUUAGUUAG